UUUGAACCCAAACCGUGCCUCGCAAAAAAAAAAAUGACAGCCGAGAAAACGUGAUUGGUCACACAGAAAACGUUAAAAAGGCCAGCAAUAAAUCGCAUCUUUCAGAAGUAGGAAUACAUUUGUCGUGAACAAAGAUAAUAGAUAUUUUGGAUUCUGGGAAGAUAACAAAGGUCUUCUUCGAUUUUGGAACGAAAUUACUAGCGAACGCUUGGUGUGGUGGCAACCAUGUUAGUGCGCGUGCUGUAUGUGUUGUGGCUGGCGGAAGUCGUUUCCCCUCACGGACAUUUGAAGUCGCCCGCCAGUAGAUCCAGUAUGUGGAGGUACGGGUGGGAAACCGCUAAGAACUAUGACGAUAACCAGUUGUUUUGUGGUGGAAGAGAGCACCUGUGGGAGAAGAUGAAAGGAAAAUGCGGCAUCUGUGGCGACGCCUACGACGACAGCCCUCGACCAAACGAGUGGCCCGGGGAGUACGCUAAAGGCAUCGUCACAGAGAGCUACACCGCCGGUGACGUCAUAACAGUACAGGUCGACGUCACUGCCAAUCACGGUGGCUAUUUCGAGUUUCGGCUAUGUCCCCUGAAGUCUUACAUGAUGGAGGCCACCCAGGCCUGUUUAGACCGGUUACUUCUGGAGCAACCAGAUGGGUCUAGAAAAUAUCACGUGGACCAGAAGUUGCGUGCGCAGGUGUUCUCGGUGCGGUUACGUCUGCCAAAGUCCGUGACCUGUGACAGAUGUGUGAUGCAGUGGAAGUGGAAUACAGCAAACUCGUGGGGUUGUAUGGAGAACCAUGGCUCAGGGAAUAAGAAGUGCUGCGUGGGCUGUGGACAACAGGAACAGUUUGUCAACUGCGCAGACGUCAGUAUAACCAGAUAUUCCGGUUCCGCUAGGAAGCGCCUUCCAUCAACACCCAUAGCGAGGGUGGACGACAUCCCAUACAAAGGUUGGAAGCCGACCGCCGUCUUUGCCGGUCCGCCCAAGAAUAUCAAGAAACCACCGGUACUUGAGCCGCAGAUUCCUGUUCCAAAAUGGAUCUCAGUUAGAACUCCUGUACGACCUUCCUCCCGGGCAAAGCAGCCGUUUCAGUUUGACCCAAUCCCGCCGUCAGAACAGCCUUUCUUCCGAACCCAACAGCGGUUUCAAUUCAACCCAAUGCCUUCAAUCCAAACCCAACAGCCAUUUCAAUUCAACCCAAUGUUCCCAGAAGAACGGCCUUCUUUUCGAACCCAGCAGACGUUUCAGUUCAAUCCACCUCCCCCGGCAGAAGGGCCGCCGGUCCUUCCGUCAAACCAAGGAGCAUCCCCCUUUUCUCGAUUCAUCGCUGGUUCUAACAUAGAAAAAGGUUUUGUGGUCGGCAUCCCGAACUCUGGUUUCAGACCCAUCAUCGCCAACCCAAGGUCAGGUCCUCAGCCGAGUUUCCUUGUGCCUAGGUCUCGUUCUCGAUCUCGUGGAUUCUUCGUCCCCUCCUUAUCGCAGGAGACUCGCUGGAAUCCCGGAGAGAGUUUCGUCGUGUCGCACGUGCAGCAUUCGUCGCCGUCCAAGAUGAGUUCGCUGCUGCUGCAUCAGAACACACGUGCUCGAUGUGUCCCGAGGUUUCCGAAGUUCACGACGUUUUCGUGCCGUGAGAAGUGCUCGCCGAAACAGCAGACGUGUGUCUCAAAGAGUGUCCGUCAAGACCCCGAAUCAGCGUGUUCGUGGAUGUGUACGGUCGGAUAACCGGGGUGAUAUCCACUUGGUGAAACGUUCAGGUUUCCCCGGAUACUUGGAGCGUUCUUUCAAGUGCUCAGCGGUGUAUGCAUGGAUUCAGACCACACAAAUAGUACCACUGGAGCUAAACCUGACGUUUUAGAUAGAAUAGUCGCUGGCUAAUUCUAGGCUCAGACUACCAACUGCCACCACAAAGUUGGUCAACUUUCUGUUCUCACGACUUCUACAACUGUCCUGUGUCCAGAUGCUAGUCUGAACGUUCUUACAACUCUAUUUUCGUCGUAUAUGACUUCUACGAUCGAUUAGUUGUUAAUCUGGGCACACCCAUUUAAGUUGGCAGUUGUGGAAAGUACAACGCAACCGUCGAGUUUGCCAACUCCGUCAUGACAGUUGACAGUCGAAGCCUAGAUCAGUCACUACCGGUGUAAUGGUUGCUGGCAUACUAAGCAGGACUUUAGAUGAUGGAUGGGUAUUAUAACACUUUUUUUUGUUGUAUAGAUAUAUAUCACAAUAUGGGUAUCCAAUAUCGAAAAUAAUUCCACAUGUAUUCAGGGAUGAGGUGAAAUGGUUAAAAAGGGCAUUUAUAGUAUUCAGCGACAGCAUGUAAAAAGGGCAUCUAUAGUAUUCAGAGAUAAAUGUAAAAAGGGCAUCUAUAGUAUUCAGAGAUGGGGUGUAAAAAGGGCAUCUAUAGUAUUCAGAGAUGGGGUGUAAAAAGGGCAUCUAUAGUAUUCAGAGAUGGGGUAUAAAAAGGGCAUCUAUAGUAUUCAGAGACAGGAUGUAGGGCAUCUGUAGUAUUCAGAGAUGGGGUGUAAAAAUGGCAUCUAUAGUACAGGGGUGGAAAUUCUAUUUCUGUGUGUGUGGUUCACAUGACUGAAACAAUCAAACAAACAAUGUUAAAAAUGGGAUAUGGGAACUCUUAACAUGUAAUAAAGCCUCAGGCAUGCCCAAUUCGGGCUCAACCUCUGACUUCGCCAGUGACUAA